GCGGUUGCGAGCGUCACUUCCGCUUCCGGGACAGCUACCGGUAGCUUCCGGUUCCGGUACGGUAGCGGCUGUGGCGGAGUGACGCAGAGCUCGCCGCGAUGAUCGAAGUCGUCUGCAACGAUCGUCUGGGCAAGAAGGUGCGGGUGAAAUGCAACACGGAGGAUUCCAUCCGUGACCUGAAGAAGCUGAUCGCGGCGCAGACCGGGACCCGCUGGGACAAAAUCGUGCUCAAGAAGUGGUACACCAUCUUCAAGGAUCACGUCACGCUGGGCGACUAUGAGAUCCAUGAUGGCAUGAACCUGGAGCUCUACUACCAGUAGCCGUUACCGUCCCCUCCCGGUUCCCGCCCCUCCCCGUGCUCCUUUCUCCGUGGGACCCUCCCCCAACUCCUCGUUCCCCCCCACCCCCACGCCCGGUAUGGCCGAGCUGGAGCCACGCUGAGGCUCUAAACCUGCCCUGAAGUGUUUAAGUGGUUUAUAAUAAACGUGUUUCUCGA